UGCACUAACCUUGGUUUGACAUCGUGGAGUGUGCGUGCGAGAGAAAAGUUAAGAUGGCGGCGGAUGGAGAUGUGAUCCCUGAUCAAGAAAAAGUACGAAUAGUUUCGGACUUUAUACUGCAUUCACCGCCGGGCGAAUUCAACGAGGUUUUUAAUGAUGUGAGAGUCUUGUUGAACAACGACAACCUGUUGAAGGAGGGUGCGUCCGGAGCAUUUGCUCAGUACAACAAGGAUCAGCUCACGCCUGUUAAGAUUGAUGGAAGCGAAUAUCCUGCUCUUAUAACAGAACACAAUGAUUUAGGUGGACAAAGGUUUUAUGAUGCUCGUAGUAAGCAAAGUUUUAAAUAUGACCAUCUUAGAAAGGAAGCACAGGAUUAUGAACCGUAUGAACCAGAUCCUGUAGCUGAACCAUGGAGAUCGGCUUUACAAGAUGAAAUAACAACUUACACUCAAAGUCAUUAUAGACACGGUGCAUGUUCAGUUUUUGGAAAGAGUCAAGGAGGUAACAUUACCCUAACGGCUUGCAUAGAAGAUCAUCAGUUUCAACCUAAAAAUUUUUGGAAUGGCCGUUGGCGUUCCGUAUGGACUGUUAGUUUUAGUCCAAGUUCUGGAAAUGCAGAAUUAAGAGGUAGCCUUAAAGUACAAGUUCAUUACUAUGAAGAUGGAAAUGUACAGCUUGUCAGUAGCAAAGAAGUAAAAGAAAGCUUACCGAUUUCAAAUGAGAAACAAACAGCAAAGGAAUUAAUACGGCUUGUUGAGGAAUCAGAAAAUGACUAUCAAACUGCUAUAUCGGAAAAUUAUCAAACAAUGUCUGAUACAACCUUUAAGGCCCUACGAAGGCAAUUACCUGUUAUGCGAACGAAAAUUGACUGGAACAAAAUUGUAUCGUACAGUAUUGGCAAAGAGCUUAAAAGUCAAUAGAAAUAGAUUUUUUAUAUAAUAUUAAGAGAAAUAAUUAAAAAGCGCAUUUUGCUGCAUGGGUGAAGUCUGGAGGUGUGAUGUGCAUGGGAGCAAAUGUAACGAUGCUAUAAGUUUGGUUAAACAUGUUUUGACUGAAACUCAUGCAUGCCACUCAAGGUUCCUCUGGACCCCUAAAUGUAUCUUGUUAAUAACAAAAGUAAUAAAAAGAAACAUCACUGUAGCUAUCGAUUUUUUAAGAGCAAAAGAGAAAGAAGUACAGAUAUUUUAACUACAAUAUCUUUUUUUACCGAGCUUUUUAAAUUCUGUAUUAACAAUUUCUAAUUGCAUAAAAAAUAUUUUUGCGAUUAUAUUUUAUUUCUAAUGAAUUUUAUUAUCAAAUGCUUUGAUAUAAUACUGGGUUUAAAUGUAACAGAACAUAUAUAUUGUUUAUAAACACUCAUCUUUACGAUUAAAACGUCCAUUAUUUUACAGUAUUUAAGAGAUUGAUUUAUAUAUUAAUCUAUAUAUUAUGUGAAUUGGUGUCUGUUUAUAAAUUUACCACUAUUUAAUAAUUUACAAUCGGGGUAACGGGGAUCCUUGGUCUUACUUUUUGUAAGCACUUUAAUUGGAGUUAUCAUUUGGUAAACCAAGUCAUGUAAAAUUUGUAACUGAUGACUAAAAUCAAACAAACGUGAAACUUGGGGUGAAAUAUCGAAAUCCGUUAAUACAUUUAUUAGAUAUAUUCAAAUUGCAUCAAUCAGAUAGUAAUCUUGUAUAAUAAUUAUAUUUCAGUGCAAACAUUUCUAAUGAACUGCAUUUACUGAAUUCAUUUGUUGUAAUUAAUUACAUGGAUUAUUGUCUUGUUGAUAAUUUGAAUGAAUAGAUAAUUCUACUUCAUCAAUUUUGUAAAAUUUAUAGUUUAUAAUCUGGAGUUGAAGUUUAAUAUUAAAAGAUUAAAUGCAUCAAUUUUAACUUAUAUUAAUAUCAUAAUGUUAAUAGUCAACAUUACAAAGUAUAAGUACAUGAAGUAUUGCACAGUGGGAAAGAAAUUGCUGUCUAACAUGUGCAUGUUCGGUCAGCCUAAUGAAACCAUCGAGUUAAAAUACUUGAAUCAAUGGUGAUUAAAAUUUUAAUUCAUUAGUUGCACAACAAUAUAAUUUUUUUUAAACACUUAAGCCUUGUAACACCUAAAAAGCACAAUAACAUGUUUAAUAUAUCUAUAAAUGAAUACUGUCAUGGUUUCAUGCUAUGUACAAACAUAAUAGCAUGCUGGGGCCACAGGUGAUGUCAAAAUAUACAAUAUCAAAUUAAAUAGAUAUGUCUAUCAUCGAUUCACAAUCUGGUACAGAAUGCCAUUAAGUGUUCAUAGCAUUCGAUACACAAAGCAAAACUUCAUUCAUUACAAAUAUUGGUGGGCAAGGCCUACUAUUUUUGUCCAAUUUUAUAUUUCAUAAAAUAUAAAUUUAUACAUUUUUGUUAAGAUGUAUUGUUUUAUGAUAAGUAUGUCUAUUAUGGCAAAUAUGUUGCAAAGUUUAAUAGUACGGUAUGAAAUAAAUGUUAAUCAUUGCAACUUGAUUUCUGUGUUAAUCAUAUUAUAGUUGUAUGAGUCAUUUGUAUCAAAUAAUGAUGUUGAAAAAUCUUUUGGUGCUAUCGCUUACCACACAUUACACAACCAGACAUGUAUGCGAAAACGGAAACUAACAAAGUACAUAAUGCAUUGUACAUUGUAGAAUGUAGCCUAUAGCCUGCUGGAGCCUUAAUCUGUUCACUUUAUGUUGAGGGGGUAUUAUGUACAUAUGUUAUUUGAAUGAAUGAAUGCGAUGAAGCACACUACCAUUUGACUUUUCAGACCUUAGGAUUCGAAACAUGUUUGUAAUAUUAUUCAUAUUUUGUAAGUUACAUCGUAAUUCAAAAUAUUUUAUUUAAUCAUGCUAUUCGAUAAUUUUUAGAAAAAAAACUUUGAACAAAAUACAUACAUAACUUAAAUAUAAGAUCAUAAAAUCAUUUGAUCAGUUGUGAAGAAGAAGUUAAAAGAAAUGUGCAGAGAUAUAAUACAAAAAACUUAGUAUACUAAAUAUUGCAAUAAUAAAAUUUUAUAUGUAAAUAUGAUGAUACACAUUAUUUAAACAUUGUAAUUUGUGUUACGUAUGUAAAUUACAAAUGAAGUGUUGAAGUUUCGAAUCUUAUCAAACUUUACAGAAAAUAGUUGCCUAUGAUAAUAAAAUUAGGUAUUACCUACAAUCGAAUGUACCGUAAAAUAAGAAACGCAUGUCCUUAUGUAAAAACUUAAACACAGAAUACAUUUAUCAGUUAAAUUAUGUAUUAUUAAAUGUUAUGAUUGAUUAAAUAAAGUGAUAUAACACUUUA